CCCCGCCCGCGCUCGCCGUCCCCGCCGUCGCAGACGCACCACCACACGCACUUCCUCCACGCCGUGCCGACGCCCGCGCUGCUCCAGUCCGUCGCGGGCGCCGCGCACUACUCGGGCGUCGACCCCGUCAAGGAGCGCAGCAUCGCCACGCGGCGCAUGAACUCCCUCGAGCACGACCGCGGGCGCGCGGGGCCCAAGCGGCACAGCAGCGCGGCAGACGAGGGCGCGGACCACCGCGCCGUCGUCGACGACCUGAAGGAGCUGUAUGAAUGCAGGCCGACGACGGAGAUACUCGAGAGGAGGUGGAGGCGGGAUGCGUCGUUUGAAGUGUGUCGAACGAAUUCGCCGAUGCGACUUGCACGCACGCAGACUAGGAUCAUGUCCUCGUCGACGACCCUCGGGCGCCGGGUCCUCGCCUCGACCGACUCGCCCAACCGCGUCAUAUUCUGGCAAAAACAGGAAUACGUGGUACGCAUCACGGGAUCGAAGAAGUCGAUCGUCGUCGUCGACCUCGACGAGGCCGAGAAGAUCAUCCGCGUCGUCGACCAGUGGCACGGCAAGGACCUCCCGACGCGCUGGGGCGCGCACUUCUUCCGCCGGCUCAACGCCAAGGUCGUCCCGUGGGUG